AUUUUUUUUAUGACAGCGGAAAUGAGCAGUAGCCUCUUUUUCCGCGUUAAGUUCGUGGCUGAAAGUUUUCUUUCCUCUUUUUUAAUUUUUUUAUUUGUUUUUUUUCUUGCUGGGGACCAGUCGCGUGCAGUCACCAUGAGAGAGAAAGUGACGAGCUUUUUAACGUGCAACCUUUUCUCUGAUGUCCACUUUUUUUUGCUCCUCGCCGACGUCGCUUAGACUUAAGUUUUAAUGUUUCUUAACACAUUUCCGUUAUGCGAAGCCUAACUUGGUGGUUAGUCGUCGUGCUGCGGUGGGUGCCCGUCCGAGAUAACGGAGAACGUGACAGUGAUUCUCAGCCAGCGUGGUUACUGCAAUGAAUGGUAACACUAUCCAUCCAGCCAACACCACUUCAGCGGGAAGAGGUCUGAGUGUAGCAGCGCCCCCAAGAGGCUGGAGGGAGUUCUGCGAGCUGCAUGCCAUCUCUGCAGCCCGGCAGCUGGCCGGACAUUACCGAAGCUUUGCCAGAGAACGGCCACAACAUGACGUGGUCCCACCAGAAGCCUUUUCCAAGCAAUUCACUGACCUUUUUCAGCAGCAUUUUUGCUGUGAGGUCGACAAAGAUGGCACUCCGCUCAGCCAGAACAUAUGCUCCACUGCAUCUGGAAGUGCAUCACCCACAUCUCCAAUGGCCUCCCCUCUUCCAUCACAUGCUAUGAUUAGUCGAUUGCGGAUUGCAUCUGGGACGCAGGACUAUCGAGAGGCAGGUCGACCAAGUGGAGGAGCUGCUCUGUUAUCGGUGGCCCCAAAAGAAUCCGUGGUGGUAAGCCGAGAGCAGGAGCAGCCAUUGAGAUGUGCUGCAGGAACUUCCUUUUCAGGGUCUCGUACCAUUGGCGGUGCGUCACCGCUGAUUUGUAGCCAUAGCAACGAGGAGAUCUCUGGUACUGAUCCUAAUCAAGUGACUGAGCGGUACUCCUCUGACUCCUCAGCCUCCAGCCCUGGACAAGCUGAUGUCACACAUUUUGCUGUUAGCCAGAUCCAACAGACAGUAAGACGGCUUUUAAAUAAACGUCCGAUCUCCGGUCCCCGCUCAUCCCAGGAUCUGUCUCCUAGCAACCCCACCAGCAACAACAACAAUCCCUCAAACAGUGGUGAUAGAGUAGGGGGAAUUUCCUCCACAAAUGAGGAAGGGUCGUCAUCCUCCUCUUCCUCUCACUCCUCUUCUUGUCAGAACUCUGAAGCCACGCCCCUAACCCCUUUACAUCGGCCCGGAGUGGUCUCUGUGUGGCUUGACCGUUUCCGUCGGAUUCACAGAAGCAUGAGGCAGAGGAGGUCAGAUGUGAGUGGCUGCUGUAAGGAGGGACAACUUAAGUACUUGCUGGUGGAUGACACUAUAUCAGACUCUCAGCCCCACUGGCAGCGCUGCCGCCUGCUGGUCAGGAGGAUCAGAGACGCUCAAAGUGGAGGAGGACGAGGUGGAAGCGAAAGGUACCAGUUGGAGCUCUACGACCCUCCAAAGGCCUCCAGCCCCAAACUGACAACUCACUGCUCAGAUAUCCAAGAAGUCCGUCGUUGCAACCGACUGGAGAUGCCCGACAACUUAAACACAUUUGUUUUAAAGGUUAACCGAGGUAGCCUGAUAUUUGAGACGGACAAUGACCAGCAGCUCAGCUCCUGGACCACAGAGUUAAAAGAAUGUAUCAGCAGCAGGUCAGGCGGUGUGGAUCUGGAGCUCCCCCUCUCCCCAGCUGACAGCUCUGUUCCUGCCAAUCACAGAAGAAGCUCAGAGUCAGGAAGUCAAGGUCCCGUCACCUUCACUUUGCCAGAGCAGGUAGUCCAGAAGACGGAUCACUUCCUGUUUUCUUAUCCCUGGUUCCACGGGCCCAUCUCUCGCGUAAAGGCUGCCCAUCUGGUCCAGAGCUCUGGACCAGAGGGUCACGGGGUGUUUCUGGUCCGACAGAGUGAGACCCGGAGGGGAGACUAUGUCCUCACGUUUAACUACCAGGGAAAAGCAAAGCACCUGCGCCUCUCUCUAACAGAGUGGGGUCAGUGCAGAGUGCAGCACCUGCGCUUCCCCUCAGUUAUGGACAUGCUCAGUCAUUUCCGUCUCUUUCCCAUCCCGUUGGAGUGUGGAGCCGCAGGGGCCGUCACGCUGUCCAGCUUCGUAGUGGCGGGCUCCAGCCCCCCGUCACAGGGUCAGCUCUCAGGUGCUCUCCUGGUCCCGUUCUCCCUCCACCGGUGGAGCUCUGAGCCCAGUUUGGCUCACUGCAGCCUGGCUCGCAGCUCCAUUCAGACCCCCUCCUUCUGCUCCACCACCAGCAACACCACCGUUUCCAGUCCCAGCUCUGUUUCCCAUCCAGGAAAUCACCAGUUUACUCGCACCAUCCUCGCUCCUGAACCCACUCCAUCAGUGCCGCUUCCUCUGCGACGGACCGAAUCGGUGGGGAGGAGACCCUUGCUUCGUAGCCCCAACCCCCACACUCCCAUCAUCCCUCAGCGGGACUCGGACUAUGAGCUGGAGCCCGACCGAGGCCGCAAGCGGGCGAUAGACAACCAGUACAUGUUGCUCUGACCCACCGAGUUCAAACCUGUGAAGCCUGCACACAAUCAUGCACACAUCAUACAGACACCGUUUGCUGCCUCAUGCUCAGCCUCAGAGCUCGGGAGAGUAAUCUGAUUACAGCAGACUCAUGAACUUGAGAGAACAAGUCUUCGUCUGAAUGCACACUGUGUAUCGUCAAAGCUAACACACACGUGCUGCAUGCGUGUGCGUGUCAGACCCUCACAACCUCCACCAGCGUGUCCACAGUGAAUGUAUUUCCAGAGUUUUAUAACAAUGUUGAUAAUUAAUCUUGUUUUUACUGAUGUUCAGGUUCUGUGUGUGAGAGUCACAUCAAUAGUUGUCCUCAAGCCCAGGCAAAAUAAAAAAUAAAAUAAAACAAAAAAACAAACAAAUCUGGUGAUUUUCAUAGAGGAACGCUUGAUAUUAACUCCUCAGCACUUAACCUGAACUGAUAGGAACGCACUGUCUGCAGAAGUGCUCCUUUAGAAUACUUACAAUGUACUUUUCGCACAAAGUUACCAGUGUGGAACAAAUUUCCACCUUUCUACAUAACAAACUGUACUCUUUUUAGAGUGUGGUUUCAUAUUAUUCCUCCUCUUUGUGCAUUAUUAUGUACAUAAGUGCACAUUGCUUUCAGUACAUUUUGUAAACAUUGUGUAUUUUUUCUAUACACAGAAAUUUUUGUAGAAAAAAAUGGAAAAAAUAAAGUAAAAAAGGAGAAAAGUUUGGUUCAGUCAGUUGGGAAGCUUUUCCAGAAGGGGGAGGCAUGCCUCUUCCACUCCUUUAAAGCUUUGCUAAAGCAUUUUUUUUUAUUCAGAUGAUUCAAGAUCAUCAUCACCUGAAAGCUGAGUUUAUGGUGUGCGUCUGGACGUCUCUGUUGUGUAUGUGAUGCGAGGGAAAGUGCUCUUACCAGCUUGUUUCUACUGAUGUUGACCUUGAAACUUUAGAAGCUGUGCCCCAAAAUUAAAUCAUAUUUCAAGCACCAAGGUUUUAUGUGUACAAAAGGACCAAAAUUAAAAAAAUGCCACAAAAUCAAAGAAAAUAUUAGGUAAUAUAAUAGGUAUAUUAAUCAUUUUCCCUAGAUUGCAGAGCUGAUCAACAAGUGUAGAAAGCGGAAGGAUAUUUUAGUAAAACUCCUCAUUUACACAGUUUUACAUCCGGCCUUCACCUGUGGACACGGUAAACUGUGGGAAAAGAUCAAAAGUAUAAGAAUAGCUAGAAAGUCUGAGCUCAGUGGAUAAAAAACACCUGUGAAUGUGGUGUAACAUCUGUGCAGCAGCUCUGAAGUCCUCCACUCCACCACAUCUACUAACUGUUUGAAGAAAGAAGUCGUUUGCAAAUUUGCGUGCAUGCACAUCGCAUCUGUGCACACAUGGUUCUUUCUUUUUUCCUCCAGCGACCGAGUUGCAAGCUUCCCACGGCGUUAAGCCAAAUAUUAUCCAAAGUGGAGUUAAGCCGUACCAUUCAGUGGAAAGUGCUUGCAACACUGAGAGAAAGCUGCAUUUUACUCCAGGCAACCUGUUCCGAUCUCUAACCGAGUAGUUAUGGUGCCUCAGCUAAACCAAACCGUGAGUAAAAAUAGAUGAUAAAUAAAAACGAUAAAGCAUCCAAAGCAAACCAAAUCUCAGAAAAUAGUCCUGCAGCUCAUUCCACCACCUCCACUGUCAUAAAUAGACUUAUUUUGGCAUUUAUAAAGCACAUACUUGUUGCAAGAAAACCUAGAAAUUGUGGUGUGUGAGGACAGAAUGACCUUUAAGAACCCUGAGAUCAGCCAAAAAAAAAAAUCACAUCUCCCAGCUGGUCUGGGAGCAGCUGAGGAGGAGCCGAUCGAGUUACAGGAUUUAUGACUCUUGUUGGUUCAGUUCCUUUUAGAAGACUCUUCGAUGUUUACCAUAUUAUUCCCUCUUACGAAGAAAUUACUUAACCUACUUUUUCCCUAAAAAUGAAUAACUAAUUAUCUAAAUUAUGAAAAACCUAUAGAUUAAGUUGUAACACUUUCACUACAUUUAAAUGAUUUUGUGGCAAAACCUUUAUUUUAGGUCCAGUGUUUGUUUUGUUCACAUAAACUAAGAAUACACAUCUAGUAAAAAAACAUAAACUUGAAAAGCUUCACUCCAAAGAGCUCAAGAUGAGGAAACGCUCCACAAGCAGACUGAAACAAAGCUGGGUAUUGGCAGUCUGCAUGAUUUCUUCUUUUUAGCUGUGUGGAUUCUCCAAAGAGACUAGAAACCUCAUGGCUCCAUUACGUUUCAUUAAAGCCUUAAAGGUCUCUUCACAGCAGAUGAUGACGUGAUGCAUCACCUGAAAACAGUCACACAUGUGCUUCUGUUAGUUUUAUCAUACAUGUAUUUUCCACACUUUCUUGUUGGAGUAACGUUGUUUUUUUUAGCUUUAUUCUUCACACUCAUAGCAUUAAUUAUUUUUUCUUAGCAUUUCUUCAGUCUUCACUGCAGCUAAUAGCAAAGGGAGGGCUGUGAAGAUGUUACACUAUGUCAUUUUUAAUUGAGCUCAUCUUUUAAAAGCAUUUGGGAGCUUUUUUUUUAAGUAAAGAGAAGCUUUAAUGGUGUCUGAGCGUGGUAUGAGAUGUUACACAGAUGACACAGCUGCAUGUUUCUGUGCACUCUUUCUGGAGUUUCUAUUUUUCAAGGUGCCUUUACGAGGUUUAAACCACCGGUUUAAAGCUGCACCGACUCUAGCAAAUGUCUUUUAAUGCUAAGAAAUAAAAAAUUUUCUUUCAUAAAUUAACAUUUACCGAAGCGUAGAUUUCUAUCCAGCGACUAGGUGGUUGUUGUGGUUCCUCUCAUCCAAAAGAGCUGAUUUUAAAACCAAAAGAGUAAGAAUCUGUCUUUUUUUUUUUUUUUUUGCUUUACUUGCAUUAGCUGAUUCAUUUUGGGGAAAAACAUGAGAAAGGAUUUGUCUGUUUUCUUACCUUGCUUUAACACUAACUUUAGCAGAUGAUUUACCUUCAGUAAACUCGUGCUUCGUGUAUGGUUUCAUCCAGAUUCUGUCCGUCUUCUCCAACACUGCUAUGUCCUCUUUUUUGUUUGUUUGUUUUGUUUCUUUUUUUUAAGAGAAAUGCAAAACUGCAACUUCAUUUCCUUCUGAAAAUGAAGAGUUCUGCUCUUUUGCUGCAAGUACUCCACUCCACCACACCAGAAGUCAGUUUCUAUACCAAAUUAUUAUUAUUAUUAUUAUUUUAACAAUGGUUUCUGUCGUUCUCUUUAUUGUAUCAGCAUGAGUUAAGACUGACAUAUUUUAAGGGGAACAAAAACUAGGAUGUUUUUGGCAAACGUACGGUUGGUCUUCCUGCCUUUUUGUACCCGAGUCUAAACAGAUCCCUCAUCACCUCUCUGUUUCAUUUCUGCUAAGAAACAGCAACGGUAACAAAAAUGUAAUCCGAGCACGUGUCUCUUCUAUUGCUGAAUCUUGUCAGGAGAAUAGCUGUGCCUUUGCCAGACAGCUGCUGUUGCUUUUUUCUUUUUUUUUUUUCAAAAGCUCAGGGUGUGAUUGUGUAGUGCAAUAAAUAAAAGACACCUUUUGCUUCACACCGUUUGUCCGCAAGGAUGAAUUUAGUGUUCCGCAUUUGCUCAUAGACUAGAAACAAGCUGUGUUUAAAACCAGGGCUGCCUUGUUUUAUUACCAGCAAGAAUCGAGUUAAUGCUAAGGAGGAUCCCCGUGUACCUCAGGUGUCUUUGAUCCUCAGCAUCUGCUCCAGAAAUGCCUUGAGCGCCUCCUCCGACUUUCCCCUUCCCUCCUGUCUGUUAUUUUUUUAAUUUUUUUUAAUAUGUCCAGUUGAUGAAUGUAAAGUGUUCUUAAUACUGUUCAUCCUGUUUGUUAACUUCUCACUGUAAACAUUCCAGUUCAAUCCAACAUUCGCUCUUACAGCCAAACCACAACAGCUUCUGAAAUGUAUCAUUGGGUCUGCAUCUACUCAGUUAUAAGCAUCUAAAUUAUAUAUAUAUAUAUGUAUAUCUAUAUACAUAUAUAUGUAUAUAGAUAGCUAUAUAUGUAUGUGUGUGUAUGUGUGUAUAUAUAUAUAUAUAUAUAUAUAUA